AUGCGCGGAUCCCCCGCUACGGAGCGCGAAGAGCUCAUCAAACAACAUUCCGAGACGCUCCUACGCCGCAAUCCGUUCACGGCAAGGGAGCUGAUCAACGUCGCGACGCUCGCAUGGCCAUCCCUGCUAUCAACUCCCGACGCCCUCUGGUACAUGACCAG